AUGAGGCUGGAAAUGUCGGAGAACACGGUGCACACCGGGCGGAAUCGUAAAGCCAUGAAGAUCCUGUUGACAGCGAUAGCUUGCCUGAUCGCGGUGGUCGCAGCUUUAGAGAAUGACAAUCUCACUGUCACCGAGCAAGUAUACCUCGACGUUAUGAUUGACGAUCAUCCGGUGGGUAGAAUAGUGAUAGGAUUGUUCGGUGACAGCGUGCCGAAAACUGUGAGAAAUUUCGUCACUUUGGCGACCACCGGAAUUGCGAGGAAAACGUACAAGGGGACGAGAUUUCAUCGAGUGAUUAAAAAAUUCAUGAUUCAAGGUGGAGAUAUAGAGAACGACGAUGGCACUGGUUCGAUCAGCAUCUAUGGAAAAUAUUUCGAAGACGAGAAUUUCGACAUUGGUCACAGCACACCAAUGUACGUAAGUAUGGCUAAUGCUGGAAAAGACACGAACGGCUGUCAAUUCUUCAUCACGACAAUUCCCACACCCUGGUUAGAUGGAAAACACACUGUAUUCGGAAAGGUCGUCGACGGUCAAGAUGUGGUCUUCAAGAUCGAACAGACGAAAACGGACGCUGACGAUAUUCCCAUUAAACCUGUGGUCGUUUUUGAAUGUGGCACUAUACCUACUCCGUCACCCUUUAAGAUAGACGACAAUAUUUACAACAUCUGGGCGUGGAUAAAGGCGUCAUCGGUGCCGUUAGGUUUCAGUAUCGCGAUCCUCUCCUUUUUCCACUACGUAAUGAAGAAGUUAGACGUGGAAUCGUACGAAGUAUGAAAAUUUGACGAAUUUUUAUUGCGAAACUCUUUCUUGGCGGUUAAUACCAGCGACGCCGCAAGAUGGCGGCAGCAAUUCUACGCCACAAAUCUGGCC